UCUGUAUGAAAAAUCAGACCAAAAAGCCAAAAAUAACAGUUACCUUGAUAAAAAAAAAUCAAAAAAGAAAAAUCGCAGUUUGACGCAAGGAGACGUAAUAACUGCAAACGUGAAGUAAAAAGUGAGGAAAUGUGAUCCUGAAUUCAAUUAGCGAUUCACAAUGUCGUACGCAAGUGUAUCGCGCCAAAGUUCUACACCAUCUAUACUUCGGAAAACUCCAAAACCGAAAUCACCCGGACUCAGGGUCAGGUUCCAGGUCGAUAAAAUCAGCAACUUGAAGAACCUUUUGUCUGAUUACGUUAAAGAGAAAACCAACAAAGAUGCAUACGUCGAUGUCAUUUGCAGAAUUCGAGACGCUGGAGACGAAUUAACGGAUGAAGAAUUCAUAAAGCUCAUUACAGAAACGAACGAUUGUAUUUCCGUAUUGAGUGAAGAGUUGAAACUCUUCGUUCAAGUUAUACUGAUAUUGAAAUGGGCGAAUCGGAGCGACGAGGCUGCUCUUCAGUACAAAAACUUUCUGUUGAAUGUUUGUUCGGCGCACAAUUAUUACACGAAAUUCGUUUUUCAAAUGUUAAUUACUUCGUUUGCCGAUGUUAUUGAGAACUCGUAUCAUGAUAAUUGUCUUCCUUCGGAACAAGAAGAACGAGCCUUUCAGCAUGUUCACGAAACAUUUCGAUCAUUAUUGAAAUUAAUUCCGAUGUCCAAAGGCGUUAUAUCGAAUAUAAUUCUAAAGAAAUAUCCGUUCAAAGGCGCAAGUGCUCAAAGUCACUUGAAUUUUGUCCACAACUUAUUAAAUAUAGCAUCUUACGAGCCUAGCUUGAGACCUAAAAUUCUCGAUAUCAUUAUUUCCAAAUUAAUCUUUUUCGAUGCUUCAACUUCUAAAGAUGAAAUAGAAAAGGCUGAAAAUGGCACAGAAAUGAAAACAGAUCCGGUAUUUUCGAUGGAAAUCGACGACGUUACUCCCGACGAAGACAUGAAAAACGAUAAAGCUCGUAAAUUAGAUUACUGUUUGCAUCGAUUGUUUAAAUUCAUUCACGCCGAAUGCCACGAUAAAAACGGUGAAUUGAAAUUCGUUAAAUUGAAAACCCUUUACGCCGAGUUCAUCGAAAUCUUCGAAGAAAGGAUAUUACCAACGUGUGGCUCGUGUCAUCUUCAGUUCAUCUUGUUUUAUUUAGUCAGCUUCAAACAAAAACUCGCCGAAGAUUUUAUUACUUAUUUAUGGAAUAAAUUUAAGAACAGUAACGUAGCUCCGAUCAUUAGACAAGCAACUGCGUGUUACAUUUCUGGCAUUUUAGCUCACGGUUCCUUCUUCAGUGUCCAAUUUGUUAAAAAUAUGAUGAACGAAAUAGCUAGCUGGUUACAUACGUAUAUCAACGCUGUAAGUGAUUUCACCGAAGAUAGUAAUCGAUCUAUGGUUAACAGACAUGGAGCUUUUUAUGCCCUUUGUCAAGCAUUUUUCUAUUUAAUCUGUUCCAGACAAGAUGAACUCGUUAAUAGUAAUAAACAUUUGAAAUUUUUAGAAAAUCUUAAUCUAGGCAAAAUCGUCACUUGUCGAUUGAAUCCGUUACUCGUCUGUUCUCGUAAUGUUGUCAAUAUGUUCGCCGCUGUCACGAAAACAUACCAGUUAACAUACUGCUUCUCAGUGUUGAAUAAUUACAAUGUUGUCAUUAGAAAUUCUACGGAUAUUUGGCUCGAUGAAUAUUUACCUUUCGAAUGCUACCUUUUGAAAAGAUCUGGCGGAAUUAUACAUCCAAUUUAUUGUCGAAUGUCUGAACCAUCUACGGAUAUAAGUGAGCCCGAACCUAUGGAAAGUAAAGGCGAAGACGAAGAAGAUUUUAUUCCUAACGGCAUGACGAUAUCCAAUUCUCCUCGCGUACCUGUUUUAAGCUCUUCACCGUUCUUCGGCUGUAACGUGUCUUUUUGAAUAAACGUUGAUUAUAUUGUUCGUUUUAA